AUGAGUGGCGGUUGGAACACAAUUGAGUCCGAUGCGGGCGUCUUCACCUACCUGCUGGACAACCUCGGUGUGAAAAAUGUGCAGUUUGAGGAGCUCAUAACGAUGGACCCCGAUUCUCUCGCGCAGCUGCACCCCGUCUACGGCGUCAUCUUCCUCUUCAAGUACCCCACCGACACACCCUACACCUCGGCCGAGAAGCCCCACGAGGGCACCUUCGACCACGACGCCGCAGAGCGCCUCUUCUUCGCCGCCCAGACCAUCCAGAACGCGUGCGGCACCCAGGCGCUCCUGUCGGUGCUCAUGAACAAGCAGGACGAGCGGUCGCCCGAGGGGGAGGCGGGCCACAUUGACAUCGGGGAGAAGCUGCGCGACUUCCGCGACUUCACCAUGGCGCUGCCGCCCGAGUUCCGCGGGGAGGCCCUGUCCAACAGCGAGCUGAUCCGCGACGUGCACAACUCGUUCGCCAAGAGCAGCCCCUUCGCCGACGAGACGCAGCGGACGAGCGGCGAGGCCGAGGACGUCUACCACUUCGUCGCCUACACCCCCGUCGGCGGCACCCUGUACGAGAUGGACGGCCUGCAGCCCGCGCCCAUCAGCCACGGCACCUGCACGCAGGAGGAGUUCCCGGCCAAGGUGAUGGAGGUGCUGCAGCGGAGGGUGAGCCGGUACGACGCGACCGAGAUCAGGUUUAAUCUGCUAGCCAUGGUUCGCGACCUACGCAUCCGGGCGAGGGAGAUCGGGGACCACGAGCUGCUGGAGCGGGAGCAGAGGAAGCGGAGGGACUGGCGCUUUGAGAACGCGCUCAGGCGGCACAACUUUGUCGGGUUCGCCGGGGAGGUCCUGAAGGGGCGUGGUCGCCUCGAAGCUGAAGGAGGGCGGCGAGGACGCGUACAAGAAGUGGGUGGACGACGCGACGGGGAAGAUGAAGCACCGGGCUGA